AUGCACGAGGUUGAACUUGGCGUGUGGAAAGCCCUGUUCACGCACCUUGUACGGAUUCUGUAUGCCAGCGCGCCCACCGGGGUCUUGGUCUUCGAAAUGGACAGAAGAUAUCGACAAAUCUCAACAUUUGGCCGUGGGAGUAUCCGUCGCUUUGCAGAGAAUGCGUCUGAGAUGAAGAAGAUGGCUGCACGCGACUUUGAGGACUUGCUACAGUGCGCUAUUCCAGUGUUCGAAGGGCUCCUGCCUCAGCCCUACGACAAAUCCCUCACGACUCUACUGUAUCGAUUUGCUGAAUGGCAUGCUCUUGCGAAGCUGCGAAUGCAAUCGGAGUCUUCAAUCGAAUACCUCAAGCUCGCUACACGAGACCUCGGACAAGCUCUACGAUAUUUUCGUGACCAUGUCUGCCCCGCAUUCAACACAACGGAGUUACCACGGGAAGCUGAGUCCCGCGCACGCCGAGCCGAGAAGUCCGGCUUGCGUACAUCGCAUGCGCGGCAGGCAAAGACACUUAACUUGGAUACAUACAAGUUUCACAGCUUCGGAGACUACCCGUUCAUCAUACCGUGGUGUGGCCCAUUGGGCUUAUACUCAACACAGGACGUGAGUGCACGUCACGGCUACUACAUUCCUAGCUCAUUCUCUCUCGAAGGGAGAAAUCAGGAAAGCCAUAGCAGCCACAGUAGUCACGGCUCCCACCACUUCCAGCCGAGUGAUUCGGAACCUUUACCCUACACGGACAUAAACAUGCACCACCAUGUGUCGGAUUCGAGAGAGUCCUCACAUCAUCUGGAUGCCUUCGUGCAUCGUCUGGGCACAGACCCCGCAGGAACGCGUUUUGUGCCUAAACUGAAGGGCCAUCUGUUAUCGCGUCUUCUAGGGAAGGACUUCGACGGCGACGAGGAACAAUACUCACGUGAUGAGUUGGACAGUCUUCAGAUUGUAGGCAACAAGAUCUAUGCUCACCAAGUCCUUCGCGUCAACUUCACAACGUACGACGUUCGACGGGAUCAAGACUCAGUUAACCCGAGGACUCACAGCGAUGUCAUGGUGCAUUCCUGCGAGACCGAAGCCGGCGCGCACCCCUAUUGGUAUGCCCGUGUGCUCGGAAUCUUCCAUGCCGACGUCUAUCAGCACGGACGCAACGUUCGGAACCGUUCGGUGCAGCGCAUGGAGUUCCUGUGGGUGCGUUGGUUUGUGUCGACACUUGCAUGUGAUCUUGAUUUGACGUUCAGAUUCUUCAGAUUUGUUGACCGUGAUAUGGUCAUGCGGUAUUACGGCCUCGGAGUAGGCCAUACAUCUCCACACUCGCAGCACAAGGACCAGGACGCACCUAUGGUAGAUCCCGAGCCAGACGAACUCGAAGCGGAGGAGGAUGGUGACCCAGAUGAAGACCUGAGUGAACUUGGCCUGGGAGUGAACACUGCCACAGUCGAUGAGUGGGAUCCCGAGUCCAUCGAGCCUGAUGUGGAAGUAGAGGGCGACGAGGAGCUUGACGUCGAGCAGGAUGAUGAGGAGGUUGAUGACUGGGGUGAAGACGAGCCAGAUGACGAGGAUGACGAGGACACGUACGAUAUAGACGAUUUGUACCUGAAUUCGUGA